AUGCCUCACAGUGCGGAGGUCCCGGUGCAGGUGUGGGUGGGCGGCCAGCUCUUCCAAGCCGAGCGGGCCCUGCUGGUGGAGCACUGCGGCUUCUUCUGCGGCCUCUUCCGCUCCGGCAUGAGGGAGGCGCGCGCGGCCGAGGUGCGCCUGGGCGCGCUGAGCCCCGGCGGCUUCCGCACCACGCUGCAGGUGCUGCGCGGCGAGCGGCCGGCGCUGGCGGCCGCCGACGACCUGCUGCAGGCGGUGGAGUGCGCCGCCUUCCUGCAGGCGCCGGCGCUGGCGCGCUUCCUGGAGCACAGCCUCACGUCCGACAACUGCGCGUUGCUGUGCGACGCGGCCGCCGCCUUCGGCCUGCGAGACGUGUUCCACAGCGCCGCGCUCUUCAUCCGCGACGGCACGCACGAGCUGGCGGCGGAGCUGGCGCUGCCCGAGGCCCGCGCCUACGUGGCGGCGCUGCGGCCCAGCAGCUACGUGGCCGUGAGCACGCACACGCCGGCGCCCGGCUUCCUGGAAGACGAGUCGCGCACGGUGUGUUACCUGGAUGAGGAGGAGAACGCGUGGCGCACGCUGGCCGCCCUGCCCCUGGAGGCCAGCACGCUGCUGGCAGGCGUGGCCACGCUGGGCAACAAGCUCUAUAUCGUGGGGGGCGUGCGGGGCGCCAGUAAGGAGGUGGUGGACCUGGGCUUCUGUUACGACCCCGACGGCGGCACGUGGUGCGAGUUCCCCAGCCCGCACCAGCCGCGCUACGACACGGUGCUGGCGGGCUUCGAUGGCUGUCUCUACGCCAUCGGGGGCGAGUUCCAGAGGACGCCCAUGAGCUCCGUGGAGCGCUACGACCCGGCUGCCGGCUGCUGGAGCUUCGUGGCAGACCUGCCGCAGCCGGCUGCCGGUGUGCCCUGCGCCCAGGCAUGUGGUCGCCUAUUCGUGUGUCUUUGGCGGCCGGCAGACACCACGGCUGUGGUGGAGUACACGGUGCAGACCGACGCGUGGCUGCCGGUGGCCGAGCUGCAGCGCCCACAGAGCUAUGGCCACUUCAUGGUGGCCCACCGUGACAGCCUCUAUGUGGUGCGCAACGGACCAUCAGAUGACUUCCUACACUGCGCUAUCGACUGCCUCAACCUGGCCACGGGCCAGUGGACCUCACUGCCCGGCCAGUUUGUCAACAGCAAGGGAGCACUGUUCACGGCGGUGGUGCGUGGCGACACCGUCUAUACUGUCAACCGCAUGUUCACACUGCUCUAUGCCAUCGAGGGCAGCAUGUGGCGGCUGCUCAGGGAAAAGGCGGGCUUCCCACGGCCCGGCUCCUUGCAGACCGUUCUCCUGAGGCUGCCUCCUGGAGUCCCUGGGCCUUUGGCUUUGUCAACGCCUGAACUGUGA